UGUGCACAGAACAGAGAAGAGAAACUUCCUUGAAUGUAGAGCUGACUUCUGACAGAGCAGCGAGGACGCUUUAUCAAUUGCUCAAUGCAUUAUAAUCUAAAAUAACCAGAGAGGACCAUGAGCCGAGGAUCUAAAUGUAAACCGGAGAGUGACCGGAGCUCUCUGCUGAGCCUUCAGGAGAGUGAGAAGCUGGAGGAGCUGCUGGGCAGAAGGUGUGCUUCCAUGGCCACUGCGGUGGCACAGUUGUUCAUGGCUCUGCCUCACAGUCCAUCCAUGUGGAGCCUGCAGCACACCGGGGUGGCCUGCUUCGUCAAAGACAACCCCCAGCGCUCCUACUUUAUACGGAUGUUUGAUUUGAAGGCAGGGAGACUGGUCUGGGAGCAGGAGCUCUACAACCAGAUUGUUUACUCGUCACCACAGCCCUUCUUUCAUACCUUCCCUGCAGAUGACUGUCAAGUGGGACUGAACUUCUCAGAACGACAGGAAGCAGAGGCCUUCAAAAAUGCUGUCGAGGAGAAAAUCAACCAAAGAAACAACAGACAAGAUAAGAAACACCGCCCUCUGCCGACGAAUGACAGAGGAUCCCUGCCUCCGCUCCCACCCGAAAAAGCAGCAUCUGGAAACCCUGGUUCUUUCCACAUGGCCACGGUGGAUAUCCAGAACCCAGACAUCCAGUCUUCACGCUAUCGAUCGAUGCCUUCACCUGCUCCCUCAGUUCUGAGUAGCAAAGGAAAGAAGGACAAAAAGAGCAAGAAGAAAGGCCCCAAACUCUCCAAAGCAGACAUAGGAGCACCCAGCGGGUUUAAACAUGUCAGUCAUGUCGGCUGGGACCCCAACAACCUUGACCCUGACCUGUUGAAGCUUCUUUCCCAAGCUGGCAUUGGUGAGGCUGAGAUGAAUGACGAACACACCUCCCAGCUCAUCUACAACGUCAUCGAGCAGUCAGGAGGCAUGGAGGCGGUCAAAAGGGAGGCGAGAGGAGGACCUCCACCACCUCCAUCCGGCAGACAGGGACCCCUGCCUCCUCUGCCGGGCCACGGUCCCUCUGCUCCGACCCCUCCACCCCCACGAGGCCGCUCUGGCCCCCUGCCUCCCGUCCCAGGCCAAUCACAGCGAGGACCCGCGUUCCACCAGCCGCCUCCGGCACGUGGAGGCGUGCCACCCCUUCCUCCAACAAGCCGAGGCGGCCCUCCACCACCACCGCCACCAGCACACUCGUCACCUUCUCAUUUCCCUUCACCACCAUCCUCCAGGCCCUCUGUUGGCUCACCCUCCACCCACAACCUGCCUCCUCCUCCACCACCGUCAAGCCAACAGCGCUCUACGGGUUUCCCACCUCCUCCUGUCCCGUCUACACCCAGCAGAGGAGGAGGAGGAGGAGGCCCACCACCUCCUCCUCCUCCACCACCACCCCCACCUCCUCAGACAGAUUUCCCACCUCCUCCACCUAUUUUCUCUGGUGGACCUGGUGGACCUCCACCACCACCUCCUCCUGCAUCCUCCGGAGGAGGAGACAGCAGAGGAGCUUUGCUCGAUCAGAUCCGGCUGGGGAAGAAGCUCAGAAAUGUGGGAGACACGCCUGAUUCAGCUCCGCCUGCACCAUCAGAAUCAAACGAGGGCAUCGUCGGUGCUCUCAUGAUGGUCAUGCAGAAGAGGAGCAAAGUCAUCCAUUCCUCUGGUGAAAGUGAAGAUGAAGGUGGAGAUGACGAUGAUGAUGACGACGAGUGGGAUGACUGAUGUUUUUUGCGGAUUUGGAGCUUAGUUCAGCUGUGAUUUUUACCUUUUAACCUCUGAACUGCGACACUGUUCCAUGUGAUGAUCUGUUGCAGGUUCUGAAAUUGCAAACUAGAGUCGUACAUGUGAGAAACUGUGUUGGUGAUAAAGUAAAUAAACAAGAAGUUCGAUACAAAAGAAA